AUGCAUUACUCUUGUAUUUUUCUGUGUACAGUAAUUCUAUUCAUUAUUCCGGACAACUCUGAAAGCGUUUGUGUUACCAAAAGAACAGAUUGGGGCCAGUUCGGAUCAUUUUUCACCGAUCCUCUUUGUGAUGUCUGGUGUAGGAUGAGAAGGUGCGGUAAAGGCGAAUGCAGAGAGAACCCAACGACAACAAACACAGCGAAUUGCGUUUGUGAAAAAUGCUACAGAGACAACAACGGAAACGUUAUCUUCCCAGAAGAUGAUGGUUUCUAUCAGCAGUCCCGCUUGAACUUUGAUAAUCCCUCCACGUCGUCUUCUUCAUCCUCAUUCAAUGGUGGAACAAUGAAUCAGCGCAACCAGGACAAUUUAUAUCCUAGUCAAAACAGCUAUGAUUACGAUCGAAACUGA